ACCUGCACACAGAUCAUAUCGGGUCAUCUGAGGCCAAACCAGAACACGUCAUCCCAAACAGGAUCCUUGGAGUCUGGAGAGGAUAUAAGGCGGGCCGACUGGACCUCUGCACCUUUGUGAAGACGUGUGAACUGAACAAUGAGGGCUGUUGGUUUGCUGCUGCUGCUGCUGGCUCUGUGUGGGUCAGGAGCUCAGGGGGAGCUUCAGGAGACGGAGACCACAAAGACAACCACACCUGACAUCUGGGCGGAGGUGAGGGCUCUGACAGACAUGGUGGUGGAGCUCAACCUACAUGUGGAUCUGCUGCAGGGAGAGAACUCAGACCUGCAGACCAGACUGAGCAGCAGUGAGAGUCAACUUCUCAUCAGCAAGACCAAGAUCGAGACGCUGGAGAGAGAAAAUGCAGUUCAAGCUGCAGACCUGAUGUCUCUGGAAGCUGGACUGACUGCCACCGUGAACAGAACCAGUGACCUAGAAACAGAGAACGCAGUCCAAGCUGCAGACCUGAUGUCUCUGGAAACUCGACUGACUGCCACCGAGAGCAAAACAAGUGACCUAGAAACAGAGAAUGCAGAGAGGAAGGUGGCCUUUUACGCAGCUCUGACUGAUGGCGGAUAUGUUGGACCAUUCGACUCACUCAUCACACUGAAAUACAGCAAAGUCUUCACCAACGUCGGCGAUGCUUACAAUCCAUCUACAGGUUUCUUCACAGCUCCAGUCAGAGGGGUCUACUACCUCCAGUUCACUGCGUGUGGUGUCCGACCAGGUCACAUGGGUGUCAGUGUGUACAAGAACGACCGGAGGAUCAUGUUUAAUUAUGAGGUUAAGGAAGAGGGAGGGACUGAAUACUUGACUAACUCUGUUGUCUUGGAGCUGAUGGCAGGAGAUGAAAUCCACCUCGAACUCCCAGAAGGCUAUUCUCUCUAUGACAGUACUUCCAACUACAACACCUUCAGCGGCUCCCUCCUCUUCACACUGUGAGGAUCCUUCAGCUGCUGUCUGACUCCUUAUUGGCUACACUGUGAUUUACUGCAUGAACCAAAUAAUGAGGUUCUGCAUCUGACUUCUCUGUUGUGUCAUCACAUGAAAGCAACAUUGAAAUAAAUCUAUGAAGCAUUCAGAAAACAAUGUUUAAUCCCUGUGAUUGUCCACUUUGUUCUCCCUGACGGUUCCUCUCCUCCU